CUUCCGAGUUUAUUAUUUCAAGAGAAAACAGGGCUUGGAUGACUUCUCUUCAGAAAGCUACGGAGUUUCCCAGAAACAUCGGACUAACAGCUGUUAGCAACUAGAUGCCAAACUUGAUGGUCCCUUGGGUCUCAUAGAGCAAGCUGAGUUCAAUUCCUGACAUAUUCGAGAAAGCAUGACCACGAUACAGCCGAUAGAAGAGGCCACAUACAAGAAAAGGAGGAUGACAAAAUGCCUUUUCCUGGUGACGGUAGUUUCCAGCUUUGGGUCUCUCCAAUAUGGUUACAACCUGUGGGUGGUCUACUCCCCAUCUGUGCUCCUACAAGACUUCUACAAUGUAUCCUACGGAGAGAAGAGCAUUCUCAACAAGGACCCAAACUACACUUCGUUCCUGACGGGCGUCACCAUUGCUUUGUUCCCGCUGGGAGGCAUUGUUGGGUCUCUUUUGGUUGGCUUCCUCGUGGAUAAAUAUGGCAGGAAGGGUACCUUGGUGAUCAACAGCUUUCUGUCCAUCAUUGGUGCUGUCCUCAUGGGUUGUGUCAAAGUGAUACGGGCCUAUGAAUUCACCAUGGUUACACGCUUGGUCAUUGGAAUAUGUGCAGGUAUAUUCUCCACUGCAAUCCCCAUGUACCUCGCGGAGAUCUCCCCUGAAAAUCUGAGGGGAAGCAUUGUCAUGACACCCCACCUCUUCCUCAUCCUUGGUGUCCUGGCAGCUCAGAUACUUGCUCUUCGUGAAAUCCUGGGGACCCACGAAGGUUGGCCCAUAUUGAUGUGCCUUGUUGGGAUCCUGGCAUUGUUUCAGAUGAUAAUACUGCCCAACUUUCCUGAAAGUCCUAGGUAUCUUUUGAUACAGAAAAAGGAUGAAGAAAAAGCAAGGAAUGCCUUGAAGAAACUGAGAGACCAGGAUGAUGUGGAAAAUGAGAUGGAAGAGUUCCGCCAGGAGGACCUUGCAGACAAGUCAGAAAAGCAGAUGAAUUCACUUAAGCUACUCUGCUUUGCAAGCCUACGGUGGCAGGUCAUCUCUGUAAUCGUCUUGACCGCUGGGCAGCAGCUCACUGGUGUCAAUGCAGCAUACUUUUAUACGGAGAGGAUCUAUACGUCGACAAGGAUUGGCUUGGACAACGUACGGUACAUCAGUAUAUGCUCAACCGCUCUUCUCAUCUUAUCAAUCUCACUAGGGAUGGUUUUGACUGAAGUUGUGGGGCGGAGGCUUCUGCUUCUCAUUGGCUUCGCAAGCUGUGCCCUGUUUGGUGUUCUGUUAUGCAUUACCAUUCCAUAUCAGAAAAACCUCUCAUGGGUGGCAUACCUCAACACAAUAUUCGUUGAUUUAUUCCUCUGUGGACAGGCACUUGGGCCAGCUUCUAUUCCCAAUGUGAUAACAGCGGAACUGUUCCUUCAAUCAUCUCGAUCCUCAGGCUAUGUGAUUGGAGGAUUUGUGCACUGGUUCUUGUACUUUUUGACAGGCGUGACAUUCCUUCAUGUAGAGGACAAUCUUGGAUCCAGCAGCUUCCUCCUGUUCUUGCCAGCGUGCAUAAUUGCCUUUAUUUACACCUUCAAGGUUGUCCCAGAAACCAAGAACAAAAGCUUUCUGGAUAUCAGGAGGUUCAUUUUAAUUCAGAACGCCAAGAGGAUACUGGUCAAAUCACAGACAAUUGGAUAGAAACUCUGGAAGCACUUAAGGCACCAUUUUAUAAUUUUUUUGUGAAGCAAAAGACACAGAACAACCCUUAGCCAUUGUUCUUCAACUGUCUUGGCCGCAUUGAUGAUAAGGGUUCUUCCUGGUCUACAGGAACAGCUUUUUAGUACUAAAGAGACUCUCUGCUCCUCUGCCAUGAGAAAUGAGACAGGUCAAGAAAGACAGAGAGCUGCUGCAUCUUCUUAGUUGCUUUCGCUUUCAGGUUUUGGUAUUCCUUUACAAAGAUUGGUGAUCAAUAUUUGGGUUUUAUGUAUUUUAUUUUAUUUUAAUUAUAUGGAAUUGCCUAACA